AUGGCAUACGUCCGUGGUCGUGUGCAUUUGCCCAUUAAUCCGAAGUAUGCAUACAACAGUGACGAGAUAGUUGAGCGCGCGAUGCAGACGAUAAACUUAUUUUACCAUUUCGGAGACAAUUUCGAUGUCAAUCGCAUCUGUAUCGACAUUCCGGCAACCUGGGAAGGCCUUGAGGCCUGCCGGUUAUUGGAAGUCCAUGGCAUACGUACGUCAGCAACCAUGGCUUUCAAUCUUCCACAAGCAAUCUUAGCUGGUCUCAACGGUUGUACCUAUGUGUCUCCUUACAUAGACGGUACGAAGCUUCAUGAUAAAACGAGGUCUCCUGACGAUGACACAACCUAUGUGCUGUGUCAUGAUAUCAAAAAAUAUUACCAAGAAAGGAACAUCAAAACCAAGGUCAUGCCAGGCUUUCUGACAGCUGCAGACACCGUGGGAAAAUACUCUGGUAUCGACAAUCUGGUUAUCUCUUCAGAGUUACUUUGGGAGCUUUCGACACGAACGCACAUUGUCCUACAGAAGCAGUUUAACAAGGAAUCCCAAUCUGGAACUGAUGUAGGGACUGUUGAGAAUCCUGGCCCUGACCUAGAUAUGUCAGUGGAAAAUCGUGCGAAAAACCUGAUCCAAUUUGCAAACUUCGAUACACGAAGCGGCGAUGCUUCCGACAAAGACAAUCUCGUGUGUGCCGAUAAAGUAAAGCAGAUCGUCAGCUCUUUGUGUGUGUUCCAGGGUAAACUGGAAGAGAUGGUGAAGCAUGAAGUCGCGGAAUUGCAGGCGCAGUGA